UGAUUCGUCGCAGGCUUUGAACGUUGCACACGAUUUGAAAUUUGGGGAAAUCCUUUGUCCAAAUCCACUCGCCUGCAAGUGAGUUCAUUCCACCGCCGUCCAAAUUCGGCUUCGAUGUCUAAUUUCCUCUGCAAAACCCUAAUUCGCGUUCGUCAUCUCCUCACGAAUUCACCAUAUCCAAACCUCCGCUGCGUUCAAUUUCUCCAUGUGAGCUACACUACUGCCGCCGUCUCAGAUUCGCAUUCUUUCACAGUUUCGUACCUCGUAAACUCCUGCUCAUUUUCUCCUGAAUCUGCUCUCUCUGCUUCAAAGCUCGUUAGCUUCGAUGCCCGCGACAAACCAGAUUCCGUGAUCUCCUUCUUCAAGAAUCGUGGUUUUUCCAAUAUUCACAUCUCGUUGAUUAUCGGAAAAUACCCUCGGUUACUGCUAUCUGAUCCGAACAAAACCCUUUUGCCUAAGCUCGAGUUUCUUUACUCCAGAGGUGCUUCGAGUUCCGAAGUCUCGAAGAUUAUCGUCAAGGCCCCUAAAAUCUUGAGGAGAAGCGUUAAUAAGCAUCUGAUUCCUGCUUUUGAUUUUUUGAAGGGCUACCUUCAAUCUAAUGAGCGGACCAUCGCAUCUAUCAAGCGGUUUCCGAGUAUUAUUGCUGAUUUUCGUCAGAACCAAUUGAAUGGUUCCAUUAGAAUGUUGCUGGAUGCCGGGGUGCCUGAGGCGAAUGUCAUGUACUUUCUUCUUUAUCAGCCGAGAAUGUUCACAAUGGAUCUGGACAGGUUUAGGGAGAUUUUGGAAGACGUGAUGAAAAUGGGGUUUGAUCCAUUGAAGUCGAGCUUCGUUCAAGCUGUUCAUGCUAUACGAGCAAUGAGCAAAUCGACGUGGGAAAGGAAGCUCAAUAUUUAUAAGAGAUGGGGUUUGUCUGAAAAAGAGAUUAUUGCUGCAUUUAGGAGUCAUCCAUGGUGUAUGACACUAUCAGAGGAGAAAAUUAUGUUGGGAAUGGAUUUCUUUGUCAACAAAUUAGGUUGGGAAUCCGCAGCAGUUGUUAAAAGUCCUGUCCUGCUUUCAUUUAGUUUAAAAAAGAGAACAAUUCCAAGAGCUUCUGUUCUGCUGUUUCUAUUUGAGAAAGGUUUGACUAAGAAAAAAUUCAUGUUGGUAAAACCAUACAUGUAUACUGAACUUCAGUUCUUGCAGAAGUUUGUUCGUCCUCACCUGGAAGAGGUUCCUCAGCUAUCAAAGCUGUAUCAUGUAAAUGUGGAUGAUGGGAUUCAUUGAUUAUAAAUUUGGCUGCACUUUAUACUGUGAGUUCCAAGUCAAGCUUUUUUUUUAGUAAAGAUGGUUCAUUGCUUUAA